AUGCAGCCUGGAUUGGAUACUGAAAAGUUUCGACAAUGGGGGAAGCGAAUGGUGGAUAUCGUAGCAGAUUACUGGGCAUCGCUCCCCAGCCGAGAUCCAGAAAGUGCUGUUCGUCCUGGCUACAUGCGAUCACUGCUUCCUGCUGAAGCACCAGAGGAACCGGAAUCCUGGGAGAAGAUUAUUGCCGAUAUUGAGCCAGUAAUUAUGUCUGGGAGUACGCACUGGCAUCAUCCACGCUUUUUCGCAUAUUUUCCGACUGGCAUCAGUUAUCCAUCUGUGAUAGCGGAUAUCCUAUCAGGUGGAAUCGGGUGUAUGGGAUUUACUUGGACUUCAAACCCUUCCUGCACAGAACUUGAGAUGAUCAUGAUGGAUUGGCUGGCGAAACUCCUUAAGUUACCAGAAUAUUUUCUUUUCACCCAUCCGGGGCCAGGAGGUGGAAUGAUACAGAGUGCUGCCAGCGAAUGCACGCUGUUCACUUUACUAGCGGCCAAGAAAACGGCUCUUGACAGUCACAUGGCACAAGAUGGUUCAUGUCAGCUUUCGCGGGACAAGUUAGUGGCCUAUUGUUCAGACCAGGUUAGUCGAAAAAAUUUUGUUAACGAUGUCAUCAUUAUCACAGUUCACGUCUCAAAGAAAAACGAAUUCAGUUUCCAGGGCAGCUAGGG